AUGUCUCCAGUACUGGCACUGACGCGGGCUUCCCCGCCCACAGGAUCGCCCUCAACUUGGCCCAACGUUCUGGCCAGUGAGGACGGGGCUCAAGAGCACCGUGACGUAACACAGCUGACUGCAAAGGUCAAUCGAGGCGUGUCCUUUUUCCGGCAGCAAGUGAAGGCGGCCGUUGAGGGACGCCACGAUCCAAGUUCGGGGCACAUGCUUGCGUUGCGACCGUCUUGCCGGCUGGCUGUGAGAAGAAGUCGACGGCCAGUGGCAACAUUUGUCCUGGCAAGUGCAGCUGCUGUUGCAUCCCAUCGCAACUCGCAGCUCUCACCAGCGGCGCUGCAUGUGGCAGCAGAUGGCAGUGAUGUGUCUCCUGGUGGACUGGGCGGAGUGUUGGAGAAUAUCUAUGUGGCUUCUUUCUGGCCGCUCUUGGCAGUGACGUGCGCGCUGGGAUGGCAAACUCGGCCUACGUCUGACGCAAAGCAGUUCCCCACUGGCUUUAGCCAAUUCCAGAUGCGUUAUUUAUUUGUGUGGUUUCUUGCAAUCACCGCCGACUGGUUGCAGGGGCCCUACGUUUAUGAGCUGUAUGCAAGCUAUGGCUAUAGCAAAGCCGACAUUGCCCGACUUUUUGUGGCAGGCUUCGGUUCCUCCAUGAUCACGGGAACAUUUAUUGGGUCCGUAGCAGAUGCAUGGGGAAGGAAGUUAUGCGCUGUGCUCUAUUGUGUGCUGUAUGCCGCAGCCUGUGUCACGAAACAUGUGAACACAUACUCUGUGCUUAUGGUGGGCCGUCUUCUGGGUGGUGCUGCCACAUCGCUUCUCUUCAGCACGUUUGAAUGUUGGAUGGUUGGUGAGCAUCGUCGAUGUGGGUUUUCCGACGACUUGUUGCGGUACAUGUUUGGGCUGAUGUUUUUCGUGCAAUAUUUGGCUGCGAUCGGGGCAGGUUUGCUCGCACAGUUCGCCGCCUCUGCCGUCCCCCUGACACAAGCCUCAGAGAUCGUUUGGUACGGUGGUGCGAUAACUCCAUUUGAUGUAUCUUUGGUGUUCCUCGUUGUGGCGAUCCCUUGCAUCUGCUCCUUGUGGAAGGAGAACUACGGUGAAUCCUCCGAAGAGGGCAGCGGAGGUGAAGGUCUCGCCCAGAUUGCGGCAUCGCUGCAGGCAGGCUGGCGAGCUAUUUCUUCCAACUAUCAAGUGCCUCUUCUUGGCCUGGCGGUGGCAGCGUUCGAGAGCUCGAUGUAUGCCUUCGUUUUUAAUUGGACACCGGCGCUGGACUCUGGCUCUGUGACCACACCACCGCAUGGAUUGAUUUUUAGUGCAUUCAUGAUGGCUUGUAUGUGCGGAUCGUCCUUAUUCAGCCUGCUAGACACGGCAGUGCAGCCUGCCAAGGUGCUGAUUCCGAUCUGUCUUUGCGCGGCUGCUGCUUUGGGCCUGGUUGCGGCAUCAUUGUAUACGACGUAUAGUGAGAUGACAAUAUUCUUGGGCUUUCUAGCUUUCGAGGCAUGCGUUGGAGCAUACUUUCCUUGCGUCAGCACUGUGAAAAGCGCAGUGGUUCCAGAAGAAGCCCGAGCCGGCGUCUACAACGUAUAUCGCGUGCCGCUCAACUUGUGUGUGGUGCUUCUCCUUCUCGCAGACUUGGAGCUAAAAGAAUCCUUUGCCCUGUGCAGCGGAUUGCUGGUCUUCGCCAUGGUUGCCAUCACCGUUCACCAAAUCUUGUCACUGGCAGAUGCUCUGGAGCAGGAGGUUGCAGGCACUGUUGCAGAUGCAGGGUGUGCAGCCCAAGCGUCUCCAUUUCGCAUACGAGGACCUCAGGCGUCGAUAGUCUCUGCGCACGCAGAAAUAUGGUAG